AUGGGUGACAAGCUGGAAGAUGUGCGGCCCAUGUUUGAGCUGAAGGGCCGCAACUAUAUCGUCACUGGUGGUGCUCAGGGAAUCGGUUUCGCCGUGACCCGGGCAAUUGCAGAGAUGGGAGGAAAUAUUGCAGUUUUGGACAUUCAACAAAAGCCGCUGGACGAAUUCAACACCUUGUCUGAGCGAUUUGGCGUCAAGACGGUAUACAUUCGUACCGAUGUGACCAAGCAAGACGACCUCAACUCCAGUUUCGCAAAGGCCCUGGAAGAACUGGGCUCGAUAGAUGGCUGCGUUCCCGCUGCCGGUAUUGCUAUUGACAAGCCAUUUAUCGAGCAGACCUGGGAAGAAUUUACAAGAAUACAGGACAUCAAUGUCCGGGGCACAUUUUUCGUCGCACAACUGUGCGCAAAGCAAAUGCUGAAGCAAGGAAAGGGAGGCAGCAUGGUCUUGAUUGCUUCUCAGUCUGCACACAUUGGACUGCCGGGCUACCGCAUGGCCGCAUACAACGCGUCCAAGGGUGGCAUUCUGAUGCUGUCCAAGGCGCUGGCUGUUGAGCUGGCACCUCACAAUAUUCGUGUCAACACCAUUUCUCCCGGUUUCGUGGACUCUCAAAUGACUAGGGACGUUCGCGCCUCCAAGACCAAGGGGCAGGGCGAGCAAAUGUGGCUGGCUCCUCCCAUGCAGCGACUCAGCACGCAAAACGAUCUCACGGGCGCUGUUGUAUACCUGCUGAGCGAGGCCGCCAAAUUCACAACGGCUGCAGAUAUUCCCAUUACUGGUGGAUUGCAUGCUGGAACUAUUGAUGGCUUGAUCACUUAUGAGUAA